GAGAGGUUUGUGAAGCUGACCGUCUGAGGUAAAUAGAGCGGCUUAUAAACACACUCGGCGGCGUCACCAUAGAAAUAACUAAAAAAUGUCUCUCGCUGUUCCAACUCCAAUUAACCCCAAGCCUUUCCUGAAUCAGCUGACCGGUCAAGCUGUUAUUGUAAAGCUCAAAUGGGGUCACGAAUAUAAAGGUAUCCUUGUGUCUGUUGAUGGAUACAUGAACCUCCAGCUGGCCAACACAGAGGAAUAUAUUGAUGGUCAGUCAACCGGCAGUUUAGGAGAGGUGCUCAUCCGCUGUAACAAUGUUCUGUACAUCCGUGGAGCAGAAGAAGAUGACGAAGAAGAAGGCCAAAUGAAGGAGUAGCAGAGUUAGUGCACGUUGAAAAAAAUGGACCUGAUGAAGAUUUUUAUUUUGCAAUAGUUUCCCAUUUAAUUUUUUAUGUAAGCUUUUGUUUUAGCAAAACUAUGGUAUUCCUUGCUCAAUUAUUCCACUGAUAAAGGUUUAAUUGGGCAAACCUUUACUGUAUUUGAAACCUUCAGAGACAAGAUGUAAGUGCUUCAAGGCCUACUGGUGUUUUCUCAGUCAUGCAGGAGCUAGGUGAACACCCUCUGGAUCUAGCUCCCACAUAUGAAUGGGCUUAUUAAAUGCAUUUCUGAGGCCUCACAUCAGUUUUACGUAUCAGUGAUGUGUACGACUGGUGUGAAAGGCAUCAGACAGGCAUUUAAUACACCCAUUAAUGUGCGAGAGCUAGCUCCUGAACGACUGAGAAAGCGGAUGCAAGACAGUGAUAUUUCUAAAGUAAUCAAGUUCAAAGUGUAUUUACUAUAAAUUGAAAAAACGUGAAUGACUUGUUUGGGAAACAGAGCCUGAAGUGACUUAUGAAUAAAAUUUCUUAGUGUUAAGACUUGAUCACAUAAGUAAGUGACGAUGUAUGCCACUUUGUUUUACAAUUUUCUUAUAUAAUAAAAGCCUCUUUCUAAA